UAUAUGUAUGGUGUGUAGAGUACUUUCUUUGAACAUGUUAGUGCGCACGGACGCGUGUCAACCGGCUCUGCUCCACAGCGGCAUCAUCGCGGCUCUGGAGGGGGGGCUGCGCGGGGGCGGGCUCGCGCGCACCGUACGGGAGCAGCCGGUCACUUCAGCGCCGCUCGAGCCACGCGCUCGCCGGCAUGCAGCGUCAGAACUGCGCGCACCUCGCACCGCUCGCGCUCCGUCACCCUCCCUGCUGACCGCCUCGCCGGGGGAGGGGGGUGGUUCUCUCUCUCUCUCUCUCUCUCUCUCUCUCUCUCUCUCUCUCUCUCUCUUUUUUUUUUUUUUUUUUUUCUUUUCCCUUUGAAUGGCCUAGUGGCGGAGCGCUCCUCCCGGGGCAGCAGGGACUCGGCGGCUGAGCGGGGGCUUCGUGCCGGAUGGAACCGGGCUUUCGGACCGCCAUGGCGACGGGUCUGUCCUCGAAGAAAGCGUCGCUCCGGAGCGUCGCAGUGGAGCGCAAGAACCUCAUCACCGUGUGCAGGUUCUCCGUGAAGACUCUUCUAGAGAAGUACACGGCCGAGCCCAUCGAUGACUCGUCUGAGGAGUUCAUCAACUUCGCAGCCAUCCUGGAGCACAUACUCAGUCACCGCUUCAAAGGUCCCGGGAGCUGGUUCAGUUACGACGGACAGCGCAGUUUCUGGGACUUCAUCCGUCUGGCCUGCAGCAAGGUCCUCAACAGCUGCAUCAGCAGCAUAGAGAACAUGGAGAACAUCAGCACCUCGCUGGCCAAGGGACGGGCCUGGGUUCGAGUGGCGCUGAUGGAGAAGCGCCUGUCCGAAUACAUUGCCACCGCUCUGAGAGACACGCGGACGACAAGGAGGUUCUAUGAUGAUGGUGCCAUCAUGCUGAGGGAGGAAGCCACGGUGCUCACAGGCAUGCUUAUAGGACUUGGAGCUAUAGACUUCAGCUUCUGUCUCAAGGGGGAGGUGCUGGACGGGAAAUCGGCCGCCGUCAUCGACUACACGCCGUACCUUAAGUUCACGCAGAGCUAUGACUAUCUCAGCGAUGACGACGACUGCCACAGUGUGGACAGCAGCACGAGUGACGACAGCCUCCCGGAGCACCCGUACAUCCCGCUGGUGACGGACGAGGAGAGCUGGAGCAGCAAAUGUCGGAAGAUGGAGCAGAGGUUCAAGAUUGUUUACGCCCAGAAGGGAUAUUUGGAGGAGCUGGUUCGCCUGCGGGAGUCCCAGCUCAAGAACCUGGAGACGGAGAACAAGCGGCUGGCCCUGAAGCUGGAGGAACUGCUGCAGCAGAGCCAGCAGGAGAAGAAGGAGCUGGAGGGAAUCGUGCUGGAGCUUCAGGAGCAACUGACGAGUUUGAUUCCGUGUGACUCGAACCACCUCAGCAAGGAGAUCGCCAUCCCCUUGAUCAACCAGUGGCCGUCGGCUCGAACUUUCAACAAAGAGGAGGAAGUGAAGCUCUUCCGCAGGCGGAGCUUUCCAAGUGUAGAACAGCUCUCCGCUGAAGUCAGCCUGGAUUUGGAUUCUCAGAAAACUGAAGCCAAACAUAACGGGGAGCCCUGGGGUCCGACAGGCAAAGACUACACGCCAUCCAUGCUCGGCCUCUGUGGAUCCCUGGCGUCUCUGCCGAGCUGCAAGUCCCUGGCGAGCCUCAAGUCCAGUGAGUGUCUAGUCAACAUCAGCACAGAAGCCAGUCCUGCCCUGUCGCCCAGCUAGGGCGAGGCUCCUUCACCGCGGUGUCAGAGCUACGGUUGUGGUACCGCCCACCCUCAGGACGCGCGCUCAGCUGCAGCGGAGGCCCCUGUGCCUUUCACGGCCUGGACAACCGACAACCUCCCCAUGCCCCUCAACCCCACCGAGAUGGCGGAGAAACAAAAUGAUACUUCAGAGAAUCUUCUGCAAGGACGUCUUUUACGUGAUCAUGAAAACAAGUAGACAGAUACCACUUGAAUAACUUCCCAGUCAUCUCUUACCCCCAGCCUGCUCCUUCCAGCCCUGUUGGAGAUCCAGAGUAUGCGGGAAUCUUGCCACGUAUAAAAUUAUGCUGUACCAUGCCAUUCCAGAAGACUUACCAAUUGUAUCCCUCUCCGUUCCUCUCACCAUUUAUUGUCCAACUUUUAAUCUGUACCUUUGGCAUCUCCAUAUGCGUCUGUCUUCCUUGUCUCAUCAGUCUGUCUAUAACGUGUCUGUCCACAGUCCAUGAGAAGAAAACUGUCACGAUCUCCCUGUAGAGGAAAAAAUAAAAUAAAAAAAACAAAUAGUUAGAUGUCUGUCCACCUCAGAGGAUGUGAAUCUCGGUAUGACUUGUGUCGUCCCACUUUAAUGAGUAACGUUAAGACUGACUUUGAAUUUUACCCCAGGCCUUACUGAUUUUGAUCAAAAUUGCGUUUGCAGCAAUUGGGAAAA